GCCAGUUUCUCCCCCAUCGGUGGUCAUCUCUACCUUUCUUGGAUGGCAGACGAAGUCGAUCCACAGAGCUCCAAAAGGGCGGCCGCCGCGGCGUACGACUACGACGGUGAUCCUCGAUGGGCGGAAUACUGGUCCAAUGUCCUCAUCCCUCCCAAUUUGGCCUCCCGCCCAGACGUCAUUGACCACUACAAGCGCAAGUUCUACCAGCGCUUCAUCGAUCCUGAUUUUGUGGUUGAGACAAUGUCUUCGUCCAGCAGUUCUCAGUCAGGGAGAGCAUCUGGCGGGUCUUCAUCAUCACCAGCCACUGAAACUGCGAGGUCUCAUAACCCAGGGCCUAAUGCUGCUGCAAGGUCUGCACCACAGAACAUGGCCCCUGUGCGGUUAGAUCGACAGACCAUAUAUUUUUCUCUCAAUGCUUGGGUGCUGGUUAUGGCUUUGAUUGGAAUUUUUCUUUUUGUGUCUCCAAAUCUUGCACAAAAGGCUUAUCGGUUGUCCUUGUUGGGCACAGGAUGCUCAUCACUGUGUUCAUUGUACGCUUUUUAUGGGAAACCCAGGGCGUGGACUCUGCCUGCCAUUCAGUCAUGGCUUCAUUCGAUAUUUCCAACUAAGGAUUUCAUUUGCUUCCUUUACUGCCUAAUUCUGGUCACAUCUAGAAUGCACUUUAAAUUUGCUCUAAUACCUGUUAUUUGCCGGCCGCUUGAAUAUUCUGCCAAGUUUCUAAGACGUAAUUUUGUCUACUCAUCCCUCUAUAGAAGGUACUUGGAAUGGCCUUGCUUCUGGAUAGAAGCACAUACAAAUACUCUCAAUUUCAUGACCACAAAGGCAGAGAUUGGUGUUGGGUUUCUGCUGAUCAUGUCACUGUUCUCUUGGCAGCGCAACGUGCUUCAUACAUUCAUGUACUGGCAGCUACUGAAGCUCAUGUACCAUGUACCUGUAACUGCUUCCUAUCACAGAAAUGUGUGGGCGAGGAUCGGUCAGGUUGUCAACCCUUUCAUUCUCCACCAUGCCCCGUUUCUUCGCACUCCAAUUUCAGCUGUUCAGAGGUGGUGGUUCAGAUAGGUGAAAGGAUACAGAAAGCAUGCAGGAAAUAUACCUGGAAAGAACUCUGGGGUCUCUUUGGGUGCCCGAGAAGAAUUUUGUUCUGGAGAAGACACCUUGACAAGGGAAAAACUAAUAGAACGUUCUACUUAAGUGUGCUUUACUCUCGCAGGCCACUGUCAUAUUGAACUGGCUGUACAAACUCCUUUAGUAAUCACAUCAGGGCUUUAAGUUUCAAGUGAAGAAACCGAAACCAUUCUUGUGUCAAAUAACCUCAUAGAUACUGAUGGCAACUACUCUAAGAUGAGAUUAGAAAAUUAGUCUUGCACUAUUUGGCUUCACUGUAUUGGUCUGUGUGUUUUCCUUCUGUUUCACUUUUCAAAUAAAGCCAUUGGUAGCA